GACGCUUCAUAAGUGUGAAGACAGAGAGAAAGAGGCUGGAGAGACGCUGGAGCAACCUGUAUCCACAACGCAGGAGCGCGCUCCAGGAGACUUUCUGCAGAAACCUCACAAAACUUAUGCUACGUGUAGAAUUUUAAAAAAGGGCAACUAAUAAUUAUGAUGAUAACGGUGGUUUUAUUCUAACACACAUGCACGCUGGUUGUUUCUGCUUUUUAUGUAAGAUCUGUGGAUGAUGCGCUUCUGACUUGGAUUAACGCGCGGUGGUAAAGGGCGAUUCUGCGCACUUGGAAAAUUAUGUAAGGUUGUCCAGGUGUCUUAGACUGCAGUAUUACCCUCAGACACAGCCAUGAAAUCUGUGCUGGAUGGUGUGGCGGACACCACCUUCCGGACUAUUACAUCUGGUUUACAGUAUCUGGGCUCCAAUGACGCCAACUACGACGACCCCCUCAAUGAUGUAGACUUCAAGGCGGGUUUCUCUGUGCAGAAACCCUUAUCUGCUUUCCGCAGCAACUCCUUCCCGGACAAAGUACCUGCGGACGAGGAGCUCAUCCUCAAGGGCAUCCCCUUUUUUCCCACCAAUGCCACAGACUUGUUUGGCAACAGGAGCACGUUCAGAGAUGAGACUAAUACCAUACAGUGUGGGGAAAACUUUAUGGACAUGGAGUGUUUCAUGAUCCUGACCCCCAGCCAGCAGCUGGCUGUGGCUGUGUUGUCUCUGACUCUGGGUACCUUCACCGUGCUGGAGAACCUGGUGGUGCUCUGCAUCAUCUUCCAGUCCCGCACCCUCCGCUGCCGGCCGUCCUAUCACUUCAUCGGCAGUCUGGCCGUGGCUGACCUGUUAGGGAGUGUCAUAUUCGUCUACAGCUUUCUGGACUUCCAUGUCUUCCACAGGAAGGACAGCCCAAAUGUUUUUCUCUUCAAGCUGGGUGGAGUCACGGCGUCGUUCACCGCAUCCGUGGGGAGUCUUUUCCUCACUGCUAUUGACCGCUACAUCUCCAUACACCGGCCUCUCGCCUACAGGCGCAUCGUGACACGGACCAAGGCGGUCAUUGCCUUUUGCAUGAUGUGGACCAUCUCCAUCGUCAUCGCAGUGUUACCUCUGCUGGGCUGGAACUGUAAACGUCUCAAUUCUGUUUGCUCAGACAUAUUCCCUCUGAUUGAUGAGAACUACCUGUUGUUCUGGAUCGGUGUGACCAGCGUGCUGGUUCUUUUCAUUAUCUACGCCUACAUUUACAUCCUGUGGAAGGCUCACCAUCACGCCGUGCGCAUGCUAAGCCGCACCUCCCAGAAGAGCCUCGUUGUUUACUCAGCAGAUGGGACUAAAGUGCAGACCACACGCCCGGAGCAGGCACGCAUGGACAUCCGCCUGGCCAAGACCCUGGUGCUCAUCCUGGCGGUGCUGGUCAUCUGCUGGGGCCCAGUGCUCGCCAUCAUGGUCUACGACCUCUUCUGGAGGAUGGACGAUGACAUCAAGACGGUGUUUGCUUUCUGCUGCAUGCUCUGCCUGCUCAACUCCACCGUCAACCCAAUCAUCUACGCCUUGAGGAGCAAGGACCUACGGCACGCCUUCCUCAGCUCCUGCCAUGCCUGCAGGGGCAGUGCCCAGCAGCUGGACAAUAGCCUGGAGUCAGACUGCCAGGCCAGAAAUGCCAACAUUUCUGCCAACAGGGCUGCAGAGAGCUGCGUGAAGACCACUGUGAAAAUAGCCAAAGUAACAAUGUCUGUGUCAACUGAAACUUCUGCAGAGGCUGUCUAAUUGGCCGUCACUGGGGGAAACUGUGUAAAUGUCAUCCUCCCCAAACAAUGCCAUUCAACACAAUAAAGCAGAAGCUAAAAUAUCCCAGAGAAAAAAAAAAAUCCUCUCUCGAGAGUUACAUCCUCACAUAGAUGCUUCAGUGGUCGCAUUAUUUUAGGUUGGGUUGUGAGUACAUGGUGUGCCAAAGUGCCAAACGGUUCAUAGGAAGGACUCACAACUUGAAAGGAUUGUCAAAGACUAUCAUAAGUCUGCUGUUUACCAUAGACUUCAUGAUAUCCAGUUAGUGAAGGCAUAUUAUAUUUUUGUACUGUGAAUUCAGGUUUUAAAAAAACAACAAUAUAUCUUCAUUUAUGGGGAUAAGGGGCUACUGACAUUUUUAAUUCGAGAUGUGUUACUGUGUCAUUUAGACUUUAAAAUGUGUCUUGCGCCAUAAAUAUAACAAAUCUUUGCGUCUUGACUUUCUACAAGCUUCAUGUAUAUGUUGCAUAAAGACAUUUCUAUGAGGGAAUGGUACAAAAAAAAGAUUGUUUAUUUCCAAAAUUGCCAUUAAACGUCACUUUUUUUUUUUUUACUUCUUCUGACAACACUCAGUGAGUGGCAAAAAUGUGUGAAGACAUUUUGAGAAAUGCCAGGUGAUUCAUGCUCAAGAUAGGAAAAAACUACUCUAAUGAAGAUGGAGAUAAAUAGAUUCACAGCUUUUGUCAAAUCUGAAAUGGCAUUUUCCGUGGCAGAGUGACAAUUGUCCCUUUUGUCCAUUUCUUUACCCGCUCGCUGUUAGACCUUUAGAGUAACGUGUCUUUGUUCAAAUGUAAACCUAACAACUGUACAGUGUUUUCUUGCAAAAUAAAGUGUUCAGAUCAUUCAGCUAUACAGCCAACAAAACAACAAAGGAGCUUGAACACAUCAAAACUGAAUCUGGACGCAGUGUGCUGGUCACUACUGUAACAAAACAAAGUGGUUUCUGACUAUAGCUGCUUUCAUCAAAUGUAUGAUUUUACUGGAUUCAGCCUUAUGUAUGUGUGUGAUACGUUGUGACUUGGUGAUAUAUUUCCAACCCCAAGCCUUUUGGUCAUUGCAGUGACUUGUUUUAGUGCUACUGUUGCAGCGGGGCAUCAUUUUGGAAAAAUAAAAGCAACCCAUGCACAGGCCUAGUGAAGUACUUUUGGCGUAACUCUAAAUAAAAAAAAAUAUGUCUGCUGUUAAUUUUACUUAUCUAAACAAAGAAAACAAGGGGUCUUUUCCUUAGCUGGUAACUUGGAUGGAAGUCUGUAUGUAUGCAUUGUGUGGAGACUCCACAAAUCGACCUUACAAAAGAAAUCUGAGAAGGUGUGAUUUUUCUGAUAGGUGAUGAUGUAGUACUUUUAAUCUAGAAAUCUCACAGCACAAUUGUUCUGUAGACAUUUAUCUUGGUGUAAAGUUAUCCAGACUGCUGUUUAUCAGUAUGCUUUGCUGCCUCUUGUAUUAUUCAGUAUUGAAGAUCAAAAUGUCAACUGUCAAGUGGCUUCUGUACAGUGGUGGCAUAAUGAGGACUUAAAAAAAAAAAAAAAACACAAUCAGUCAAGUGUUUUUAGUAUUGCUGUUUUCAAAACUUUUGAAUAAAGUUGCAGCUGGUUGUCA